AUGGCUCAAGCUGCGUCUAAAACAUGUGAGGUUUGUGUGAGCGCUCCUGGAUCACACUAUUGCAUAGACUGUGAAGAAUACUAUUGUGGAAAUUGUAAGUUGCUACACAAUAGACAGAAGUUAUCGAAAAACCACCAGUUUCAAAAAGCUUUCGAACUUAUCACUGAAGGUAAAUCUAAAUGUAAUGAACACAAAGAAGAAUUGACUUUAAAUUGUAACAUAUGUAAUGCACAGAUAUGCACACGUUGUGUGACAGGAAAACACAAUGGGCAUACGUUUUCCCAGAUUGUCGAUGUCAUCGUUCAACUACAAGGGGAAAACGAAACGAAAAUUCAUGCCACAACAAAUGAAGCAAAUCAAAAUAUACAGAACAUUGAGGAUAGUUUGAUAUCGUUUGAUAAUUCUGUUGAGUCUGUUAUAAAAGCCAUCAACGACGAAGGCGGUAAGAUUAAAAGUAUGGUUGAUAAAACCGUAGCUCAGAUGAUUACUUUAGUGAAAGAACAAUCCAAGAAGGAGAAAGACAAGCUGAUGAAUAUGUUAGCUAAUGCUCAAUCCGAGCUUGUAGCCGUACAUACACUAGACAGAAAGAGAACAGAACUAGCUAAGACACGACAAGAUGGAAAUUUGGUACAAAAGAUCAAUAAUCUGAAAGAAGAAAUUGACAAACUACACAUAAAUUCUCUUCCAAAGUUUCCCAAAAUAUCCUUUAGUCGUAAAUCUGUAGCUGAAGAUGACAUCAGACAAAUGAUAGGGACAUAUAAUAUUAGCAAUUGUGCACCAGUCCUUGGAAAAAAGGAGCAACGCCAUGGGUAUUUUUACAAAUGUUCUGAUUGUGGGCGUGAGAAAAUUAUACCAGUCGGAGACAUGUAA